CACGGUUAUCAUAAUCCAUGUCCUCGAUCAACGACCCUCACGGCCGUGUGGGGUAUGUGUUCGAGGAGCUGUUUAUGUGGCACGCUCCAUGGCCAGGUCUGUCCGAGCACACGCAGCCGUUUGCGCCGUGGGAAAGCCCCGAGACGAAACGGCGAUUCCAUGGCCUGCUGGCGGCGACCGGCCUCCUAGACAAGCUGCAAGUCGUGAGGGCUCGUCGAGCGACCCAGGCAGAGCUGGAAUUGAACCAUGGUAGGGCAUACAUCGAGUCAAUCCAAGAGAAGAGUUUGCUGCCGAAUGGCGGAGACGCUGGCGAUUGGGCGCAGUUCUCCCAAGGCGCGUACGAGAUUGCGUGUUUGUCGGUGGGUGGGGUGCUGGCGCUGGUCGACGCCGUGAUGGAUCGGCACGUGACAUGCGGGUACGCCCUCGUUCGACCUCCUGGACACCACGCGCUUCGUGACAUCGGCAUGGGGUUUUGCAUCUUCAAUAACAUUGCCAUUGCCGCGCAUUACCUGUUGCAGACGUAUCCGUCGUCCGUUCGCAAGGUGGCGAUUGUCGAUUACGACGUGCACCAUGGCAACGGCACCCAAGCGUCCUUUGAAGCCGAUAACCGCGUAUUGUUCAUUUCCAUCCACCAAGCAAACAACUACCCGUUGGACAGCGGGCACAUUCACGAAAUCGGGACGGGGGAUGGACAAGGGUACACGAUCAACAUCCCGUUGCCGCCUGGGUCUGGCACGGGCGCGUACAACAGCGCGAUGGGGCGGGUCGUUCUCCCGGCGUUACAUGCGUUUGCGCCCGACUUCAUCUUGGUCUCAUCGGGCUUUGACGCGUCCUACAUGGAUCCCCUGGGCAACAUGAUGGUCUCGAGCGAAUGCUUUGGCCAAAUGGCGGAUGCGCUGCGCACGGCGGCGUCCGACAUCUGCAGCGGCCGACUCGUGUUUUGCCACGAAGGGGGGUACAGCGACUUUUACGUGCCAUUUUGUGGUGCCGCUGUGAUCGAGGCACUGUUGGGCCUGCAGGGGACAGUGAAGGACCCACUCUUGUACGAAGCCCGGGCCAGAGGAGGGCAGGACCUUCAGCCCCACCAAGAUGCGGUGCUCCAGCAAGUGCUUGCAUCGAGUAAACUGCUUGAAUGGUCCAAAUGAUCAACACUCUCUCGAAACCGCAUACAUACGUAGGCUGUCGUUCGUUCGUUUAAUGGGUAGAGUUGUAUAUGUGUACAGUACUAUACAUAUAACAGUACUGUACUGUACAUAUAAUUACUUGUGGGGCUGGCUAAAGCACUUUGGGA